CAGGGCAGCAGUUAAAAAAAAUACCGUGGCUAACGUUGUUAGCAGGUCGGCUAGCGACAAUUAACAGUUUAGCGCAUGAAUGUCUUCAUAAUACCGCGGUGAUUAAGGCGCAGGUCGGGCGUUCGUGUUAUUUUCGCUCCCUCUUUGGGAUUACGAGGGAAUGCUUCUCUGGUUGUUUUCUUCCUGAAUUUCAAUUUUUAUCUGAAGAAUCUGGAUUCUGUUUAGGGAAUAUAUUGGCAUAUGGGACACUGGGCACGCUUCGGUCAGAGGGAAUAAACGUACGGCUAGACUGAAGUUUUUACCGAACUAUCUUCUUUCCUCGACACUCGCUAGUGAGGUUCGUUUUCCAAAAUACCAAGCUGAAGGGAAGGUCAGCAUAAAUACUCUUGACUGGCUAGUGACGGCAGCCAGUCGGCUUCUUUAAAUAUAUAUAUAGAUAAAGAUGUUUAACAGAAGAGGAGCUGGCUGUACAGGCUUUCAUCGGCGGUCUCGGUAGCCUAAGUCGAGCUGUCAUUCGCACUGUGGUUUAAAGCCGAUAGCCUUUUAAACUUCAUAUCCCGCGUCAUUUAUCAGCCGAGACCGGUGCCUGAAGUCUCUUGCCGUCCUGGUGUAAAUAUGGCCUUUCUUCGGACUUUAUUUAAAUCUAACGAUCGCUAGUUCCGAGAUAAGAUCUUAAAUCGAGGUUUUUUUAUCCUUUAAAUAUGCGAUGAUUAUCACAAGGCACUUGGCCAGUAAGAAGUCUCUCAACCAAGGUCUUGUUCUUUUACAUUAUCCCGCUUCCUGGAUUUCUGGGGAUAUCGAUAAACAUCUUAGUUAUUGAGUAUAUAUAUUUUGAUCUCUGUAGCAAGCUAGAUAGUUACAGUCGUAUUAUUGCCGGCGGUUUUGGGUCCCGUAACUUUUUUUUUUUUUUUAGUAGCAUUUUCUUGGAAUUCAUUACCAGUAGACCAUGAACGGCCUGUCUGUCAGCGAGCUGUGCUGCCUCUUUUGCUGCCCCCCGUGUCCCAGCCGCAUCGCAGCAAAGCUGGCCUUCCUGCCCCCAGAACCCACUUAUGCCCUUCUGCCCGACCUGGAAGCAGGACCCACCCCCACUGCUUCGCUGGGAGCCUCGGGCCUUCGCUCCCGCGGCAGCGGCGGCGGCGGAGGAGGAGGAAGCAGCAAGGUGGAAGAGACGAGGUGGAAGCUCCACCUGACAGACCGGGCCGAGUUCCAGUACUCCCAGAGGGAGCUGGACGGCACAGAGGUCUUUCUUACCCGCUCCAGCCGUGGAAACAGAGUGGGCUGCAUGUACAUCCGCUGUGCCCCUUCUGCCAGGUUUACAGUGCUGUUCUCUCAUGGCAACGCCGUGGACUUGGGUCAGAUGAGCAGCUUCUACAUCGGCCUGGGGACGCGCAUCAACUGCAACAUCUUCUCCUACGAUUACUCGGGCUACGGCGUCAGCACCGGCAAGCCUUCCGAGAAGAAUCUGUACGCCGACAUUGAUGCUGCCUGGCAGGCUUUACGCACAAGGUAUGGUAUUAGCCCGGAGAACAUCAUCCUGUACGGGCAGAGCAUCGGCACUGUGCCCACUGUGGACCUGGCAUCACGGUACGAGUGCGCGGCAGUUGUCCUGCACUCCCCACUGACCUCUGGCAUGCGAGUCGCCUUCCCAGACACCAAGAAGACCUACUUCUUCGAUGCCUUCCCCAACAUCGAGAAGGUAUCCAAGAUCACGUCGCCAGUGCUGAUCAUCCACGGGACAGAGGACGAGGUGAUUGACUUCUCGCACGGUCUGGCGCUGUUCGAGCGCUGCCCCAAGGCGGUGGAGCCCCUAUGGGUAGAGGGGGCCGGGCACAAUGACAUCGAGCUCUACAGCCAGUAUCUGGAGCGCCUGCGCCGGUUCAUCAGCCACGACCUGGCGGCCCAACAUGCCUGAAUGCACCAUUUCUCAAGCCUCCCCAUGUCCAAGGAGAACCGGCUGUAUGUCUGCGAGCUGGAGACCCACGGAUCCGGUGGGCUCCAGGCAUUGGGCAGCUUGUUUACCUGUGUGUGUCUGCGUGAGUGUGAGUAAUAACCGCUCAGGCAGGUGGGUGUCUGUCUGGGUGUCUAACCCGUCUCGCUCUCUCUGCUGUUGGCCUGUCUACUGGUUCCCCUCCAUAUUUGCCUGGAUUUUCCCUCUGUCCAUUAUCAUCCCUUCUAUUACUGUGCAGGAAUUCAAGCUAGUGCUCAUAUUUCCUCUAUGUAUGUGUGCAGUGGUCUUCAACUGUGCUCCUGAACUUCCUCCAAGGAACACUACUGUGUGGAGGCAGAUGUGCCGCCCCCCCCCCCCCCUCCAACAUCUGUCAGCUUCCCCAUGGCGAUCAGUGGCUGGUAUUUCUGGGGCGUAGUGUUUGCUCGUUAGGAGAUAAAGCUGGGAGCAGGAUGGGCUGGGGGAACGUGGGUGACAUCUGAACCUUGCGGAUAACUUAGGAGGGAACUGAUGACUGAUCGCAGCCGCCCCAAAAAAAAACAACUUAAGCAUGACUGCACAUUCCUCAGAAUUGUAAAACGGGGACUGGUGUGUGUGAGAUGGGUUGCGGAGGUCACUGCUGCUUUUCUGUUUUUUUUUUUUUUUGUUUGUUUUGUUUUUUUAAUAAACCAGAUAAACAUAGGGAUAGAAUUUACAUUUUAUAAUGACCUUUACCCUUAUUUUGUUUCUUCCCAUCCUCACGGUUAAGUAUGUGUGGAUGGUUUUAUGUGAUGUGUGUUUCUGCAUUUUCUUUAUAACAUCUCUCGGAACUGUAUAACAAAGAAAUAUUAAAGCAAACAGAAGUCUAUUUUUAUACUAAGUGAAUUAAGGGAGCUAUCACAGACCAAUAUAUUGAUAAAGAAAUAUGUGUACUAUAUCAGAACUGGCAGCGUUCAGCAAUAUAAUCUGCUCUGGAAUCAUGAAUAACAAUCGAGAUGAUUUCACCUCAAGCUGAUGAAGGCAGGAGGUACCAAGCUUUUUUUUUUGCUUUUUUUCUCCUGCAUUUCUGACUUAUCAGCAAAACUGUGUCUUGCAUUUACCGGUGACCUUGAGUUUGCCAGCCAUAUAUGAGGCUAUUGCCCACUUGUGGUUGUGCGAGUCAUGCUCUGAGGUCAGAGGUCAUCAAAAGCGCUGUUGUCCUUGGGGGCGAUCUCAGGCUGCACGGUAUUGUCAGAUCGAUUCAGCCAUCUCACUGCAAUGUCUGUCAUCGAGAGACUCAAUCCACCAUUCAAAACCAUCAAGAAAUGAGAAAGGAAAGUGCCUCCGGGGGGGGAGAUAAAAUUCAUCGAACAGUCUUUGCUCUGUCUGUGUAUUUUGUCAACAAAUUUAAUUCCUUAUUGGAAAGCGGUAAAGGUUGUUUCAAAAUACAGUUAACAUAAUUGUUUAAAGACAGAUUCUCUUUGUGUUUGUUUUUUUUUAAACCCAACUGAUUGACACAUGCAUGUACAGUGUCACUUUAAAACAGAUGCAAGCAUUGGCUGUCAGCUGGACUCUGGCUUAAGUGUGUUUUCCACAGAGCUUUUUGAUUGGAUGGAGAGUACUGGCUAAACUUGCUGCUAAAGAUGGGGAUCGAGGCCUCCCUGCCCUAGGUAAACGUGAUGGAUGCUAAGCUGGGGGGCGGAAGUCACACCUGUGGCAACCAUGAACCCUAGUGUCUCCGCCCUCCAAUAGAAGGGGAGCUGAUGGAGGAAUAUGGGUAAUGCAUGUAUACGCUUGUGUUACCUGUCAUUCUGUAAACACUAAAAGAUUGGUUCUGAUGCAGAGGAAGGCUGCAUAGACAACUGAUCCAUUCAACAGUGCCGUUUCAAACCAGCAGACUGCAACAUUUAUACUGCACUGGAUGGAACAAAAAAGUAUAGACACUACAACUGGAAUGAGCCUUUAUUACUGAAGCCAUUUUUGUUAUGUAUACAUUCUUACUGCAUUCUUUUCUAAUGUCUUCUGCUCUGCUUCAUUGUCCUUCAAGAUUCUCCCAUCAGUUGCCUCAUCAAAUGAGAAUUCAUUUCCUGAGUGAUUCUUGGGCCCAUUUUGUAGGUUCUCUGCUGCUCCAUCCAGAUUGCAGGGGGAGAUAUUCUCCAGCAGAACCAGAACCUCAGAGAGGGACAUUUCGGUGAUCUGGCAUGGAAGGCGGAUCUAUGGGAAAGGCCUUCCUAUCCUCACCCAGGAUGGUGAGGCUUCAUUAUACCAAGCUGUGUCCAAACCAAACAUGGCGAUCCACUGACAUGAGUGUGCACACCACCUGCACACCACCUUUGAGGAAAACCAAAAUACGGCAGAGAAGCCUUGAGCUACACUUUGGCACAAUGCCCUGGAGUUUCUAUUAUCAGAACCAAAGACAACAUGAGCCGAAACAGAGGAGACUUUGGCGUUAAUUGUUUUUUGGUCCUUUCUGGCAAUGGAGUGUAUGGAAGGGGGCAGUGGAAGAGAGUUAGCUUGUAGUGAAUGACUUUUCAUGGGCUUUAUUUUAAUUCGCAGCGCUGCACACACAGUUUUGGGAGCCAUUUUGAAAAAUGUUCAGGUGUCACACCCAGUCCAGACAGAUUAAGUCCUGACAAACUUAAAGACUGGUGAAUACAGGAGUGGGAAUCUGGAUCUGGUAUAUGAAAUGGAGUGUCAGGUUGCCGUGAAUUCCAACAAAACGCAACACAAUGAUAAGUAACUAGGAUGUUUCAUUUACUGAAAUGUACUGUAUGAUAUUGUCUUCUUUCUGAGGGGCGUGCUGAUUGGGAAGGGCGGGGAGGGGUCUGUAAAUAUAUGGGUAAUGUUGUGUUUUAUUGUAUCCUGUUACACUAUGUUUAUAUUAUUUGAAAAUUUGUAAUAUUUAGUUUAAAAUCUUUUCCUUUUUCUCAAAGUAAUAAAGAGAUGGUGUAAUAGACAAUAAAUGAUUUGACCAUGAAUUGAUGAA